UGUAAACUACAUGUCAUUUCAGCUCCGAAAUUGUUCUUUUUUUGGUCGUUUGUUUUAAUGAAACAGAAAGCGUUUUUUUUGUGAAGUUAUAUUUAAAACUCAUCCUGUCAGGCCAGUUUGUCAAGUUUCAGGGUUGGUAUGUAAGCCAGGUAGCCAUUACGCAGGUAAAGGGAGUGAACAAAACUCCACAAUUGUUUGUGGCGAGGACAGAACAAACAUGGUACAAUAACCAGAAACUGGAAGAUCACACGGAAAGAAAAAAAAAGAAAUUAUCGACAUAGAAUAAUACUGUGAGCGACCUCCAGACGUUUCUCCACUAUGAGUCGGGAGCGAGCAGACUCCCAGGGGUCACUUGGGCCUGACGAUGAGGUCAUGCCAUAUAGUGAUGACGAGACGGAUGAUGAGUUGGACCCCGGCUCAGACGAAGAGCGGCCACAGGUCGAAGAGGCCAAGAGCACCGAGUCUGGUUGGAGAGUCAAAGCAAACGACAGGGCCUUCUGUAACCUGCCAGAGUUUCAGAAAAAAUACUUCUUGUGUCUCAAGAAGAGUAAAUAUGCAGGGAAUGGAAUCAAGACAUACAAAUAUAACGCCUUGACGUUCAUCCCACUGAAUCUGUUUGAGCAGUUCAAACGAGCUGCUAACCUUUACUUCCUGGCCCUGCUCAUCUUACAGAUAAUUCCUGAGAUCACCACGUUGCCUUGGUACACCACCUUAGUGCCUUUAGUUCUGGUGCUGGGAAUCACAGCCAUCAAAGACCUGGUGGACGAUCUGGCCCGCCACAGGAUGGACAACGAGAUCAAUAAUAGGAAGUGUGAAGUUCUCCUGGAUGGCAGGUUUCAAGGGUCGAAGUGGAUGAAUAUUCAUGUCGGUGAUGUGGUUCGUUUGAAGAAAAAUGAUCACAUCCCGGCCGACAUUCUGUUGUUGUCCAGUUCAAACCCCAACAGUCUUUGUUAUGUUGAAACCGCCGAGCUCGAUGGGGAAACCAACCUGAAGUUUAAAAUGGGUCUGAAAGUGACAGACGAGAGACUGCAGGAGGAGGGCCAGCUGGCACAGUUUGACGCCGUGAUAGUGUGUGAGGAGCCUAACAACCGUCUGGAUAAGUUCACGGGGACGAUGCGUUGGAGGAAAGAACGCUUCCCUCUGGAUCUGGACAAUAUGAUGCUGAGAGGAUGUAGGAUCAGAAACACUGACGAGUGUCACGGACUGGUCAUCUUCGCAGGCGCCGACACUAAAAUCAUGAGGAAUGGGGGCAAGACGAGAUUCAAGAGGACUAAAAUCGAUGAAUUGAUGAACUACAUGGUGUACACUAUCUUUGUAAUCCUGGUCCUGUUGUGUGCUGGCCUGGCCAUCGGAAACACCUUCUGGUACGAGGAAGUAGGCAGCAAGGCCUGGUAUCUGUAUGACGGUAACGACCAGACUGCCUCUUACAGAGGUUUCCUCAGCUUCUGGGGGUACAUCAUCGUGCUCAACACCAUGGUUCCCAUCUCCCUCUACGUCAGUGUGGAGGUGAUUCGUUUGGGCCAGUCUAAGUUCAUCAACUGGGACCUUCAGAUGUACUACCAGGAGAAAGACACGCCAGCCAAGGCCCGCACCACCACCCUCAACGAGCAACUGGGUCAGAUCGAGUACAUCUUCUCAGACAAGACCGGUACCCUCACGCAGAACAUCAUGGCCUUCAAGAAAUGCACCAUUGCUGGACACACCUUUGGUGACCCUGCUAAUGUUGCGGUUGUACCUCUGGAUCGUGGGAAGCCAGUGGACUUCACCUGGAACAAGUACGCAGACAGGAAGUUUGAGUACUUGGAUCAUUCUCUGGUGGCCUGCAUCCGGUCCAAGAAGGACAAAGACACCUUGGAGUUCUUCAAGCUGCUGUCUUUGUGUCACACUGUCAUGGUGGAGCAGAAAGAAGAUGAGUUGGUGUACCAGGCAGCCUCUCCUGAUGAGGGGGCUCUGGUGACAGCUGCCAGGAACUUCGGUUUUGUGUUCCUGUCCCGUACCCAGGACACCAUCACCAUCAGCGAGAUGGACCAGGAGAUGACCUACGAGGUGCUGGCCCUGCUUGACUUUAACAGCGACCGCAAACGCAUGUCCAUCAUCCUGAGGUUCCCUGAUGGUCGGAUCCGUUUGUACUGCAAAGGAGCAGACACGGUCAUCUACGAACGCCUCUCUCCUAACUCCAAACACAAGGAAGUGACCCAGACUGCUCUAGACAUCUUUGCCAACGAGACUCUCCGGACCUUGUGUCUGUGCUACAAGGAUAUCAGUAAGCAGGAGUUUGACGCCUGGGCUAAGAAGCACAAGGCUGCCAGUGUUGCUUUGGGCAACAGGGAGGCUGCUCUAGAUCGAGUGUAUGAACAGAUCGAGAGCAACCUCAUGAUGAUCGGAGCGACUGCCAUCGAGGACAAGCUACAGGACGGGGUUCCUGAGACCAUCGCCAAGCUGGCAAAGGCUGACAUCAAGAUCUGGGUCCUGACUGGAGAUAAGAAAGAAACGGCUGAGAACAUUGGCUAUUCCUGUAAGCUGCUUAACGAUGAUAUGCAGAUCCACUAUGGAGAGGAUGUCAAUGAGAAGCUGCGGAUCAGACAGGCAAACCGAAGGGAUCAGCCGCCUGCGUUCGGUCGGACCAGGAAGAAGGUACCGGAUCUUUUCUUCCCUGAGCCUGGCAGGAACGCUCUCAUCAUCACUGGAGGCUGGCUGAACGAGAUCUUAUACGAGAAGAAAAAGAAGCGCCGCCGUCUUCGACUGAAGCGUCUCGGUAAGAGACCCGCCUCCGCCACGCCCCAGGAUGCCGCCCAGCCAAUCGACGACUGGGAGAAGGAGACUCGUCAGGUGGACUUUGUGAACAUGGCGUGCGAGUGCGAAGCGGUCAUCUGCUGUCGUGUCACGCCAAAACAAAAGGCCAACGUGGUCAGCCUGGUGAAGAAGUAUAAGAAGGCUGUCACGCUGUCCAUCGGAGAUGGAGCCAACGACGUCAACAUGAUAAAGACUGCAGACAUCGGUGUGGGUAUAUCUGGACAGGAGGGCAUGCAGGCGGUGAUGUCCAGUGACUAUGCCUUCGCUCAGUUCCGGUACCUGGAGCGUCUCCUGCUGGUCCACGGUCGCUGGUCCUACAUCCGCAUGUGCAAGUUCCUCCGCUUCUUCUUCUUCAAGAACUUUGCCUUCACCCUGGUCCACUUCUGGUACUCCUUCUUCAAUGGGUUCUCAGCUCAGGUUGCCUAUGAAGACUGGUUCAUUACUUUAUACAACGUGAUGUACAGCUCCCUUCCCGUCCUGUUGGUUGGCUUAUUGGAUCAGGAUGUGAACGACAAACUGAGUAGAAAGUUCCCCAAGUUAUACCUUCCUGGUCAGCAGGGGGCGCUGUUCAACUACAAGAACUUCUUCAUCAGUCUGUUCCACGGCAUCUUCACCUCUCUGGUGGUCUUCUUCAUCCCGUACGGGGCGUUCCUCCAGACCAUGGGGCAGAACGGAGAGGCACCGUCAGACUACCAGUCCCUGGCUGUGGUUAUGGCUUCCUCUCUCAUCUUCACAGUCAACAUGCAGAUCUCUCUGGAGACGUCAUACUGGACCUUCGUGAACUGCUUCGCCGUCCUCUGCAGUAUAGCCAUAUACUUCGGCAUCAUGUUCGAUAUCCACAGUGCAGGAAUCCACGUCAUCUUCCCGUCAACCUUCACUUUCACCGGAGUGGCCUCUAACGCGCUCAGACAGCCCUAUCUGUGGCUGACCAUCAUCCUGACUGUGGGGAUCACCCUGCUUCCUGUCAUCUGUAUCCAGUUCCUCUACAAAACCAUAUGGCCGUCCGUUGGAGACAAUGUCCAGAGGAACAGGAAGAAGUAUGAGAUGGAGGAGGUAGAGGAGGAGAAAUCCACUCCCUUCCAGCGAGGAAGACGCUCCCGCCGCUCAGCUUACGCCUUUUCUCACUCCAGAGGCUACGCCGACCUCAUCGCGUCCGGCCGCAGCAUCAGAAGACGACCUGCUACAGCACGCCCCAACCCCAGGGACAGCAUCCGAGAGAUCCCCCAGGCCGAGAACAUAUGAGGGGGUGGAGGCUCACCACACCACACCAGGGCCUGGUCCCAGAUCUGUUUGUGCUGUCUUGCCAACUCCUAUGGUCCUACAACUCCUGUGGUAAAUGUCAGUUUCUGACCAUAGGCGUUGUCAAGACGACACAAACAGAUCUGUGACCAGGCUAGCCUGUCAUGCCUAUGCUUUUAGGAGGUUGAUGAAGCUGAGACCAUAUUUGAGGUCUCCCCGGCAUGAUCUUACUAAGCAAAAGACCCUUCCACCCAAAAGCUUACUGAAGCCCUUUUUAAUUGGGGAUUUAAUGUUUAAGGUUUUGUGUAACAGACAACGUUGUUUAUCACAGAAUUGCUCGUCAUUACUGGGUACUCCAGAGAUACCUUGGCCUGUAUUGAUGAAGCCUUAGUUUGAGUACUGAUCUAGGAUCAGGUCCCACCCCAUGUACACGUAAUCUUGUAAUUAUCUAAAAGGGAAUACUGUUCCUAGAUCAGCACUUUGUGAAUACGGGCCCAAGAGUUUUCGGGUUGGCCUUGUUUAAACGGACUAAAUUUAAUAUAUUGUUAAUAUUAUAUUUCACUGGAUCAGUUGUGAAAAUGUAUACUUGCAGUGUGUCAUAAUCAUGAUUUUAUAUUUAAAUGUACAAGAAUUUCAGCUUUAUUUUCUGUUCAAAAUGCUGGAUCCUAGAAGGUAUGUUUUCCACAGUUGAUUUUAUGGUGUCUUUCCUUAUUGCUGUGAGUCAUUUAACACUCUCUUUAUGCACAUGGAUUCAUUGUAUACAUGCCAAUAGAACCCUGCUGAACCAGUUGUUUACGGUGAUCCAAUAGAACCCUGCUGAACCAGUUGUAUACAUGCCAAUAGAACCCUGCUGAACCAGUUGUUUACUGUGAUCUAAUAGAACCCUGCUGAACCAGUUGUAUACAUGCCAAUAGAACCCUGCUGAACCAGUUGUUUACGGUGAUCCAAUAGAACCCUGCUGAACCAGUUGUUUACGGUGAUCUAAUAGAACCCUGCUGAACCAGUUGUUUACGGUGAUCCAAUAGAACCCUGCUGAACCAGUUGUUUACGGUGAUCUAAUAGAACCCUGCUGAACCAGUUGUUUACGGUGAUCUAAUAGAACCCUGCUGAACCAGUUGUUUACGGUGAUCUAAUAGAACCCUGCUGAACCAGUUGUUUACGGUGAUCUAAUAGAACCCUGCUGAACCAGUUGUUUACGGUGAUCUAAUAGAACCCUGCUGAACCAGUUGUUUACGGUGAUCCAAUAGAACCCUGCUGAACCAG